CUGCCCCGGCGCUUGUCACAGCGACGCAGUCGGCCGCCGGCGGUACGUGACGCAGCACUCGGCGUAGCGUGAGAAGAUGCGCGCACCGGGCCGGGGCCGCAGCCGGGCGUGGCUGGCGCCGCUGCUGAUGGCGCUCCUCUCCGCCGCCCGGGCCGCGCCGCCGCCGCCCCAUCUCGUCCUUAUCGUGGCCGACGACCUGGGCUACAACGACGUGCCGUGGCACAACACGCUGCUGCGCGCGCCGGCGCUGGCGCGGCUGGCGGCCGGAGGCGCCGUGCUGGAGCAGGCGUACGUGCAGCCCAUCUGCACGCCGAGCCGCUCCGCCCUCCUCACCGGGCGCUAUCCGUUCCGGCUGGGACGGCAGCACGACGUGCUGUGGCCGGAGGAGCCGACCGGGCUGACGCUGCAGGCCGAGCUGCUACCGCGCCGGCUACGCGCCGCCGGCUACCGCACGCACGCCAUUGGUAAGUGGCACUUGGGCUUCUGCCGGCGCGAGUUCACGCCCACCGCGCGCGGCUUCCAGUCGUUCCUCGGCUUCUGGACUGGCUCCCAAGACUACUACGCGCACACGCGCAGGCUCGAGGACGGCUCGUUCGGGCUCGACUUCCGACAGAACCUGAGCGUGGCGCGCCAGUACCGCGGGCGCUACUCGGCCGAGGUGUUCGCUGAAGAGGCGGAGCGUAUCAUCCUCGCUCACCAGUCCGAGAAGCCGCUCUUCCUGUACCUGGCCUUCCAGAGCGUGCACGCGCCGCUGCAAGUACCCAAGCGAUACCGAGACCUGUACCCGGGUGUGCACGACCGCGACCGGCGCACGUUCUGCGGCAUGGUGUCGGCGCUGGACGAUGCCGUGGCGCGCGUGGAGAGGGCGCUCCGGCGCAGCGGCCUCUACAACAACACUGUCAUCGUAUUCACGACCGACAACGGCGGCCAGGUGCUGGCCGGCGGCAACAACUACCCGCUGCGGGGCAAUAAGGUGACGCUGUGGGAGGGCGGCACGCGCGCCGCCUCCUUCGUCCACUCGCCGCUGCUGAAGAAGCGGGGCUACGUGAACCGCGGCCUGAUCCACGUCACCGACUGGUUCCCGACGCUCCUGAGGCUGGCCGGCCGGCCGACCGUGCCCGCCGACGACCUGGACGGCUUCGACCAGUGGGACACGAUCUCCCGCGACCGGCCAAGCCCGCGCGACGAGCUCGUCUACAACAUCGACGUGGAGAAGCGGCUGAGUUCCGCCAUCCGCGUCGGGAACAUGAAGCUCAUCUGGGGCCACCCGGGCAGCAAGAACGGCUGGUACCCGGAGCCGGGCGUGAUCGAGUUGUGGCCGCUGGUGCCGACCGAGCUGGCGCCGACGCGCUACCAGCUGGCGGACCACCGCUGGACGGGCGACAACACCACCUGGCUGUUCGACCUAGCGGCUGACCCCACCGAGCACAUGGACCUGUCGGCCGAGCGGCCGGCCACGGUCGCCGAGCUGAAGCACCGGCUGCUGCGCCACCGCAGCCAACUUGUGCCGGCCGAUUGUCCCCCCAACGACCCGCUCGGCAGCCCCGACAACUUCGGCCACGUGUACGCCACCGGCUGGUGCUAGCCUCCCUCCGUCGGCUGGUGGUGGUGCCUCCCAUGGGCUGUCGCUAUUGUCUACUCGGUGACCGUUUCCAGUGCUGCACUUUAGGGAAGAAAGUAUCACCGGCUACACGCAGCAAAAGGUGUGGACAGGAAGCAGUUUAUAGGCACAUUAAACAACGUUUGAAACCCA